AUGAGGAAAGGAAUGAGGAAUAUUAUUUGAUUCUUUGUUUUCAUUCACAAGAAAAUUACGUGUGGUUAAACUGGAAAUAGCAAACCCUCCUUCUGUGUCUUGUCUUUUUUGGCACACGUAAAAGUUACACCUCCUGCACACACUUCGUCCGCUGCUGUCCAGGCUCACAUUGUGGCUGACAUCGUUAUAUCUUCAAUAAAUGCGCCACAAUCCACAUGAUCACGUGAGCGUACAUUCAUUAAAAGUUGUAUUGAACCGUCCGCCGUCGUUGACACCACUUCCUUGACUCUUCCCUCCCUGUUACACUUCAGCGUCUCUAGUUUGGCCUUCCUUCCGUGGUGGAAAAUUGCACCCAUGAUAUUUGCGUUAAAAUAUGUUACCUUCGAGGCAACGAAGAAUGAGUAAUAAGUAUAAGGGCACAUGAUUCGCAACGCUGUCGCAACGCUGACACGCAGAAACGCGGAAAACGAAACUUAAGAGCGCCGCGCGGAAAACGGAGCGUCGCUCCGCUUAGUUAAGGGCGUCCCACCCACCGCGUCGCCUCCGCCACACACCACUGUGGCCUCUGCUCCCCGCAUCCCGGCAGCUCGUGACGUGUGUGACACGAACCGAACGUGGAACCACUUACUGCUCGCAUCUCCGCGGGAAGAAAACACAUGAUCACAUGCAUUUCAACAGUUAUUCGCUCGGAUGCCAUCGCUUCCCUGCUGCUCUCUAAAGAAGACACUGGAUACAUUAUUUUAAAAGUUUGCAGAGCUACUGCAAACGUUGCAUGUCUUUUUUAUUGCAGUAUAAAAUGUAAUAUAGUUAAACACUAGCAGCUAACCGAUGGAGCACAGUACUUCCAUUUUACGGGAUCUCGUACAAAAGUGCAGACUCAAACUUGCUUGUUCGUUAUGUUCUAUAAAGGAGAGUGAAAUCUCAUAUUCACUGAAAACUGUGAACCACCAGUGCACUAGGAAUAUACUUUUGGCUAAAGCCAACGGUAACACCAAAAACUGGAAGCAUGUCUCCCGUCGGCCCGAAUUUCCGAAUCCCGGCCAAUACGCCGUGUGCCAUUUUUUUAAAGAAGGGUGUGGUUGCGCCAAGCAUAAGAACCGAUGCACCUUUGCCAGAAGCCAUGAGGAAGUUCUGGUGUGGAAUUUUGUGAAACGCCGCCGUAUAGAUCAUGCCACAUUAAUGAGACUGGUAGCAGACCUUGAAACUUUUACUGCUAAACAAACAAAUGCAGCAGAACAAAUCUUGACCGAGUUUUCCGGGGAGUUUCUGGAGCUCUGCGAGGCAUGUUUCCACAGCAGUCCGCAGAGGAUUGCAACCAAACGGUGGAAUAACACUUGCAGCUCACGGGAAGCACACCCCUGGAGGCCAGUAUUAAUCCACUACUUAGUGGAAGGACAUAAUAAAAAAGUUUACAAUGAGAUCCGAAAACCACCAGCCAAGCGCGACCUUCAGUUUUGCAGCCACAUCAAGAAGGGCUUGCCCUGUUGGCACGGGUUCUCCAGGUGCCUGUUUGCCCACAGCGAGGUGGAAAUGGCUGUGUGGAAGGCAGAGGGCCUGGGUCAGUGGGAUCGCGGGCAACUGGUGUUGCUGUCUCAGAAGAGGCUGCAGACAAUCUCAAGCUCUGCAGGUGAGCCCAGUUCUCAGGAGGAAUUCUACUGCAAGGCUUGCUUGCUGACUGUAUCCUCUAAGGAGAACUUUGUAAGACACUGUAGUUCCCUGGAUCAUGCCCGGAUGAUUUCCCAAGACUCAACCGUUGAAUGGAAGCACCGUCCUCCACCUCAGAAGCACAUAAAAGAAUUUCAGCUGUGUGACAGGCCCGAGGCAUGUGAUUAUGGAGACAACUGUGUGCGAGCCCAUUCAGACGAGGAGCUGAGAGAGUGGCUCACGCGAUACAGGGAAGUUGAGGAGAUCAGACACAACAUCAAUGCUGAGGGGCUCAUGUCUUAUAGAGACCGUCUCUUGCAAGAAUACAAGAGCAGCAGUAAUGAAGUGCACAUUAUCUCAGAUUAUGUGGAUGACGUCGCAGUCACAUAUGACAUGAGUUUGAGUAUGAUAUGUGAGGAGACUGGUACUGAACUGAAAUGGAAUUUCCAGAUAUUGACCGAGAGAUUAUUUGCCCAUGUUGCAUUGCUGAAGGAUGAACCAGGAGCCAUUUUCACCAUUGGUGAAGACAUCACAGAAGACCCUUGCAAUUAUGCCAGAGGAGAAAGAUUUGCUACCUCAGAAAUGUCCUAUCAAGUCCCAGUCUGUUUCAAAGCUGUCAACCCAGGCCUGUAUGUACAGUGGCUGGUGUUUGACUUUGAUAUGAGGCCAGUACUGCUACAGAAGCUCCAGGUGAUAGUGGGUGAACAGAAAUCCUAUGAAUUAGAAGAGAUUGCGAAGAAAGACGGCUUCUCUGGCCAGGUGUUGGAUAGAUGGCACAGGGGAAAUAAAUUUAUCAUCCCGUACUUGGAAAAGAGGGACGAAGAGGUGGAGCUCCAGAAGGAGUACAAACCUCCUCACAUGAACUUUGAAUUCAGUGCCAGAGCUGAAGACAGCACUUCUCUUACCACCAAUAACUACAGAGAAAGAAUGCACAGCUUCCUUUACAAAGAGGAGCUAGCACAUGAAAAUGUGGUGUCCAGACUUAGUCUGCAAGAGACAAUCUCCUUGUCUGACAAAAUCUAUGAGGAUACAUUUGGGUUUAAAAUCGCUCCAGCCGGAGAACUUUUUGCUGCAGUUCCUGUUUUUUAUUUGCUAACUCCUGACACACCUGAGGGAUUUGUGCUCAGGAGAGCAGUUAGUUCAGCUCUGGUUGCUCCUUCAUCAGGCAGUAGUCGGCAGGUGUAUGAAGCAGAAAUCCUUCGAGAUGCCAGCAGUGAGAACAAGAUGUACCUACAGCUCUCCAAAAGAUGCUGCUCUGACCUGAACCUCCGGAAGGACACAACCUAUAAAAUGGAGAUUCAGUUUCAGAUCAAUCGUCUCCAUUUCUGUGAGAUGCACAAGGCCAUUGACCUCCUUCCAGAUGUUGAGAUUGUUUUGCCAGACCUCAACCGUUGCUGUGUUCCAGUUCACAAAGGGGAACAACCUAGGCUCAAUGCAAGGCAGCAAGCGGCCAUGUCUUUCAUACUUGGAGAUUCAGACAGCAAAGGGACUGUUGCACCACUCCUCAUUUAUGGGCCCUUUGGAACAGGAAAAACAUUCACUCUUGGUACAGCAGUCAAGGAGCUGGUACGUCAGCCUGGAACCAGAGUCUUGAUCUGUACUCACACUAACAGUUCUGCAGAUUUAUAUGUCAAAGAUCAUUUCCAUCAGUAUGUCAUUGCUGGACACCAUGAAGCCAAACCUCUCAGAAUAAAAGCAAAUAAAAAAGGAGUGCCUGUAGGUGCAACAGAUGAUGUCACAUUGCAAUAUUGUCAUCGUUCCAGUGAUGGCCAAUCCUUCACAUUUCCUGAUCGUGCUACAAUAAACCAGUUCAGACUAGUCAUAACAACUGCAUCCAUGGCGAGACAUUUUCAUAACCUGAAGCUACCCUCUGGCUAUUUCACCCAUAUCCUGAUUGACGAAGCUUCUCAAAUGCUUGAGUGUGAAGCUCUGAUGCCAAUCGGUCUGGCUGGGAAAGGAACACGUGUGGUUUUAGCUGGAGAUCACAUGCAGCUGUGUCCAAAGCUCUUCUCUGUGGCGGAUGAACAACGUUCUGGUUGCACUCUCCUUAAUCGUCUCUUCCGAUACUACCUGCAACACACAUCUUCCAUAGCUUUGAAAAGUAGAAUCAUUUUCAAUGAAAAUUACAGGUCCACAAAAGAAAUUGUUGACUUUGUGUCAAGUAAUUUUUAUGCCAGUAAGAGUGAUGCCAUCAAAGCCCAUGGAAAGGUUCCUGCUCAUCCCAGAUGCCAUCCUCUGAGGUUCCACCAUGUCCGUGGCCAGUGCAUUCUAGACAAAACAACAAUGUCCUGGUUCAACUAUGAAGAGAUUACAAGUGUUGUGCAUAUUGUGGAAAAUCUCCUUAAAGACUGGCCAAAUGAAUGGGGAAAUCAGGAGCAAAGAACUAUAUGUGUUCUUUCUGAAGGAUGUCAGGUUUUUCUAAUCAGGAAAGAACUGCGAAAAAGAAACUUUUCAAGAGUGACUGUGGAAAAUCUGGAAAAUGUCCAAGGCAAACAGUUCCGAGUACUGGUGAUGACAACAGUUCAUACUCGUGAUAGUCUGCUCUCAUCUGACAUAACUUGUCUGGACUUCUUUAAUGAUGCUCGAGUUCUGAACACUGCAAUGACCAGAGCACAAUCACAGGUUAUUGUGGUGGGAGAUGCUGCUGCUCUGUGUGUGUUUGGCAAAUGCCCAAAAAUUUGGAAGAACUACAUAGAGCAGUGCAUUGUCAAGAAAAGUGCAUACCCACCACAUCUCACCCUAGACUACAUUGAAGACGAAAUGAGGGAAAUCUCACGAUUUCAGAGGCCCAUAGAAAUGGGCAACUGUGAUGUUGAUUCUACUGAAGUGGAGAACGAGGAUGAGAUACUGAACGAGCUAGCAGAGGCUGACUGUAAUGUAAAUUAUGAACCAUCAGUGGGAGACAAUGGGGACUACAAUGAAAUGGACAACAUCUGUGAACAACACAAGGAUUGUCAUUCAAACCUUGAAGCAGAAGAACUAAUGAACAUGGUUAAGCAAUAUCCAGGUUUAUAUAAGCAUGGUGAACUGGUAAUGGACAAGUUUAAUGCAGGGUAUGUCAUACCAUUUGAUAAUCCUGUUGCACAUAUCACAGUUAAGGGAAGAAAGGACUUGGCGAUGUCUUUUUCUGGUGAUGAGGUAGUUGUUGAAAUAACAACUAAAGAAAAUGGUAAAUAUUUUGGGAAGGUACUAGGUGUCACUAAGAAAUCUCAAUCCUCACGAGUAUGUAUAUGUACUUUAGAGGAUAACGAUAAUCCAAAGCCGAGAAUCCUAGCUGAAAGUAAAUUUGUUAGCAAGGUCAUGGUGCCUAUAAAAAACAGUGUGACCAAAAUUCGAAUUUUGGUGAGCAAGAGGUUUCCAAACUCAAUCCCUGUAUACAAGUCUGAUAAUGGAAAAUGGAACAUAGUGAAGCAUCAUUACCUCAGUGAAGAAAUAAAACGCAAGCAUGUCUUUCUUGUGGAGGUGGUGUGCUGGAAAGAAAACUAUCUGUUUCCUCUGGGUCAUGUUACAGACAUACUACCAAUUGGAACUUCUAUGGAUGAGGCACUGAAGAUCCUGGAUGCGGAAUUCAAUGUAGUUUCUCCUCCACAAAGUGUCCUAGCUGCAGCACAAGUCUGUGUGGGCCCCCAAAAGGGUGAUGAAACCAGAAUGGAUUUCCGUGAUUUGAUUACUUUCACUGUUGACCCAGAAAAUUCCAAAGACUUGGAUGAUGCAAUUAGUGUGAAGGAAAUGGAUGGCUAUUAUGAACUCGGAGUGCACAUUGCAGAUGUGGCAAGCGUUGUAAGUAAGGAUAGUGUCUUAGACACGUAUGCAAAAAAAAAUGGAGUCACAUACUAUAGGCCCAGUAAAGAACCAGUACAUAUGUUUCCGCAGUCAGUUGGCAUUAAUACAUGUAGCUUUCUUCCGGGAUUUGAUCGCAGGGCAAUUUCUUUGAUCGUCAAAGUGGACAAAGUGAAAGACAGAGUUCUUAGUAGCAAAUUUGUUUUGUCUCAAAUAAGAUCAGACAGGAAGCUGUCUUAUGAAAAAGCGGAGAACAUAAUUGAGCAAACUUCAAAUGGCCUGAGAUUUCAUACAGUGGAAGAUUGUGUUGCUGUUGCUUACCGCUUUUCAAAAGCUCACAGAAAGGCAAGACUUCUGGAAGACUGGUGGUAUGCUAAACCUGAUGAUCAGAGGGUUCCAGGGAGAAGAAGAUCCCAUCAAAUGAUUGAAGAACUCAUGAUAAUGUUCAACAAUGCAGUAUCUGAAUUCCUCAUUGGUAUAAAUGAAACAAAUCAAUGUACACCACUGAAGUGCCAGGCAAAGCCUAAACAAGAGGAUAUGUUAGAACUACAGAAGAAGUAUAAAGAUCUCAUACCAAUGUCUACACACUUGACAUAUCACAUUGGUAUCCCUGAACAUCAGUUAGGAGAUGGAGGUUUCUGUGUACUGACAUCCUUAUGGGAGGAGCUCCAGUCUGCUGCAAAGAGUAGAGAAUUUGACAGAAUAGCUGAUCUGAUUGCCACAGAUGACAUCCAUCCACAACUGCUCCCUGCUACAAAAGAAUUUAAUCGGAUGCUUGGUAGAUCAUACGUGAUCCGUGCCAACUCAAGUCCUGAAGCAAGGGUUGGCCACUACUCUUUGCAGCUUGAUUCGUACACACAAGCAUCAUCACCUAUCCGCCGCUACUUGGAUGUUAUCCUGCAGAGACUUCUCCAUGCAGUGCUCUGUCAUACACCAGUCCAGUACUCCCCACCUGAGAUUGACAUGUUGUGUCAGCAGUUUGAUAAGAACAACAAAAAGGCAAAUGACUACCAAAGAAAAGCUGAAACACUCUCUUUUUGCAUACAUCUCAAGAAACAAAAUACUCAAAAGGUGGCAUUUGUCACUGAGGUGAACCCUGAAGGAGACAAUUUCAAGUUAUCAUUUCCAUUUUGUAGUGAUCUACCAGGCUUCUUACCUGUUAUGUACAAAGAAUUACAAUUAGAAGACCAACCACUGUUUGAUAAAGAGAAGGAGCACAUGAAGCUGAAAUGGAAGCGCAGAAUUUAUUCCAUGGACACCACCAGCAUGGACCUUGAACUGAAAAAAGUCCAACACAGUAGUCCAUGCGUCAGUGUCCCAAAAAAGGUUUGGCACAAACUUGUUGAAGCAGCGACAAAAGAGGACUGGAACAGUGUGAUCUCUAUUAUAAUGAGUACAACUACAGAACCCAAAAAGGAUUGCUUGGAGACGAGAAAAGACUCUAGUUGUGAGAAGCACUAUGUACAACUUGCUCUCAAUUUGAAACCCGGAGAAACCCUUGAAGUCCAAAUGACAACAGAAAUAAAACAAGGCUUUUUGAUGCCCACAGUUCAGCUGCUUAACAUUAAUCCAUGCUUUGAGGUGUGUGUAGACCAUACCCACAGCCCCAUUGUCUGCUUCUCUAAAUGUGCGGAACGGGCAGCUAAGAAUGUGUAUGUAAAUAUUGACGAAUAUGUAAGAAUCUGGAGACCACUUUGUGAAAUGGAGUCUGCUGCCAAUGCUGUAGAUGAAAGUGAGAGUAUUACCAUUGAAGACAUGAGUGUGAUUUGGAAAAGGGGAACCAAAUUGGAAGGAAGCUUUUUCUUACCUGUGAAGUGCGUGAAAGAUUGGGCCAUCGAAUGCAACCUUGGGAAGUGCUACUUGUGCGUUCGAAAAAGGAACCUGAAAUAUUCCAUUCCUGAUCAACAUGAAAUGAAAGUGGAUCCAACAGGUUUUACUUGGGUGGCUCAUGGAGUGACUACUAGGUCGUCAGAACCUAGAAAGAAUUCAGAACAUAAAAUUAAAGAAGUGGAGUUCUAUAUCAAUCACACAGCAAUGGAAGAAAUCCCAGAAUGUGUGCGUCAGGACAACAUAAAGUUCACAGUUGAAUUAAUUCCAAAACUUCUGCCUGAUAUACGAAAAGAGAGUGCGAUAAUCAACUUAAAAUCUGCAAAUGAACUUGUUCAGAGCAUAGCACUUGGAAAGAAAAUACCUAAAGGAGACGCAGAAUCUAUCCCAAAAUGGAGAAUCAUUAAAACCGAGCCACCCCCGGGACUUCCGAGGCUGAAUGAGAGUCAGUUUGCUGCAAUAGAGAAGGCACUGAAAAGCAACUUUACUCUUAUCCAGGGCCCGCCAGGAACAGGAAAGACUGUAGUGGGAGCCUACAUAGUAUACUGGUUUCAUGUCCUGAACUCCCAAAAACCAAGGUACGUUGAAGACCCCAAGGAAAAAGAGAAGAAGGAAGUUAUUCUCUACUGUGGACCAUCCAACAAGUCUGUUGAUGUCAUUGCUGAGUACCUAAUGAAGUUUAAAGACAAACUAAGACCUCUACGAGUAUACAGUCGACAGGUGGAGAUGCUGGAGUAUCCCUACCCAGGUAGCAUCCUUCAGCUGUCUCGUAAAUCACUGAGGCAGGAGCACUCCAAGCAAGAGCUCAGAUCUAUUACUUUGCAUCAUCUUAUAAGACAGAAAGAGAAUCCAUUCUGGAAAGAAAUAGUAGAGUUUGAUAAACGAAUUCAUAAUAAAGAUGAGCUGACAGACGAGGAAGUUGAAGAAUACAGAAAGCUGCUAAAUAAAGCACGGCUGCAUGAGCUGAAGAAACAUGAUGUCAUUUUGUGCACCUGCACGGCCUCCUCCACCCCAAACAUCACCAAAACUGUCAGCGCCCGCCAGAUCCUCAUUGAUGAGUGCGCCAUGGCAACUGAACCCCAGGCCUUUGUCCCAUUGGUUAGCCACAAACCCGAGAAGAUCGUUUUGCUUGGUGACCACAAGCAACUCCGGCCCAUCGUCAGGAAUGAACUUGUUCGCAGUUUGGGAAUGUCAAAGUCCCUUUUUGAACGAUACGUUGAACGUACAGAACGACGCGUGAUGCUGGACACACAGUACCGAAUGCAUGAAGAGAUCUGUGAAUUUCCCUCCAACGAAUCUUACAAUGGGCAGCUGAAAACUGCAGUGGAACGCCCAUGCAGCGUCCUUCAGGUCAACUCCCAGAAAUCUUCCCAUAUUGUCUUUGGUGACAUUUGUGGAAAGGAGAUCAGCCUAGUGGUGUCGACAGAGAAGGGAAAUGAGAACUCCAAAGCAAACAGGCAGGAGCGUGACAUAGCUGUCCACAUUGCCCAGUUACUGGUGAAUAUUUCCAAAAUCCGCCCGGAGGACAUUGCUAUUCUCUCACCAUACAACGCCCAGGUCUCUGAGAUCAAAAACAACCUUAAGAAGAAAAAAAUUGAUAAAAUUACAGUGUGCACCAUCACAAAGAGCCAAGGAAGCGAAUGGCAGUAUGUAAUCCUCUCCACGGUACGCUCCUUACCUAUCGCUGAGAUUGAGGAGGAACCAUCCAGGGCCUGGCUUUCCAAAAAUGUGGGCUUUGUUGGUGAUCCCAACCAGAUCAAUGUGGCCAUUACCAGGGCCCAGGUGGGGCUCUGCAUCCUUGGGAACCAGAAGCUGCUGCGGUGCAGCGUCGCAUGGAAUAAACUACUAAACCAUUACCGAGCAAAGAACUGCAUCACUACAGCCGAGAGCAUCACUGUGCGCUAAGUGGCCUAAAGUAUUCAUACCAUGGUGCUGGAGAAACACAUUCCUUUCUCGUAACUGAGAUUUUUCAGAUGCACACUUUCCUAUAGUAACUUACGGGUAAACUUUAAUGUACGUUCUGUUCUCAUUUUUAGCCUUUUUUUACUGAAGACCUUGUGACAUUACUUUAUACAUUGCAUUCCUAACCAAGCAGGCUCUAAUAAUUGUAAUUUGAAAAUUUUUGUUUAC